UUUACCGAAAGGUACUUAGGGAGUUGUAGUUGACGUUCAGUUUUGACGUUCCCCUCAAAGAAAGAGACUUUUACAACGCGCAUUUACAACUGCUAUUAUAUACGUUUCACGCCACUUUAAGAGUAAAAUGCUCAAACUGCAGCUGACUGGAGGAAAAAUGUAAGGUUAAUCCCAUCAAUGUCUUUUGUUUACGGUCUCCAUGGUUACACACUGUUAAACUGUACUGUCUAGGAUGCGUUUUCUGUUGCUAGGUAUCCCAGAAUGCAUUGCGUCAUCUCAUAGGUUCAAUUUGACAUCGCGACAGAUUACUGUUGAUGUAAUAAAGUCGCGUCUAUCAAAAUAUUAACAUUGUAGCACAUACCGAGAAUGUAUUUCUUGAAUUAUAUGAAAGAAAGUCGGCCAAAUAGACGACAUUUCGCCGGGCCGUGUGACGACGCUGAUGACGUCAUAGAGUUAGCCCAGAUAUCAAGUGUAACUAGCAAAUGAGUUUCUGCCGUCACGGUUUGGGAGCAAGACUUCUUUUUUUGUGCCUGAUUUGAUGGCCUUAAAAUGACAACUUCCGUCACUCGCACCAUCCCGAAGGAGAAGCAGACUAAACUCAUCAAACGGGAGCGAGACUAUGACUACUUGUAUGAACCAGUUUACAUUGUUUCAUCAGAGGUCGACCAUGCCAGAUCCAGUUUUAAGAGUUUUAAGCAACAAGUUAGAAAAUUACCAGAGUUUGAGACCAUGUUCAGCAACGACACGGUCACUUUCCGACUGGAACCGACCGGUGACCCGGUACCGGCAACCGUCGACCGUCGCUGGCGUGGCCACACAGAACAGCGGCAGCAGGCCCUCCAGCAACUGGCGGGGGUGGUCCCAAGCGUUCGGCCCCUAAUGCAAAAGGAUGGGUGCCAGUUGACCGGAUCUGAUCGCUGGAAAUAUUUCAAAAGGCCUCUUCCGUAUGUACAACAGAUUCCCUUGCAUAUGAAUCGUGAUCAAGACGAGUUUGACGCUCGAGGUCGAUUCAACUCCGAGGACCUCCCCACCCACUUCACGGUGGCCGUCCAGACAGACUACCGGGAGAACGAAGCCCAGACGGACCCCUACACCCCCGAUUAUGUGAUACGGUCCGGCACCACCCCUUCAGAGCUGCUGACGUUGGCGUCCUUCACCUGGGAGCGGGGUCUGCCGGCGAGUAUAGAAGAAGUGGAAAUGAUCGAGCGAGCCCGCGCCAGGCGGGUCUAUGAGGCGACUUUUCCUGCGCUUAACGACUUCAAUCAGCUGCACAAAAGGAGGCGUAUGAUGGAGGAAAUGGAGGCCAGAGAAUGGGCUUUUAGAGAAGGAAAAAUACAGAAGCUGCAGGACGCUCGUCUGGUUGUCCUGGGGGAGAUUUUGCAGCAGAGGGACGACGCCCAGGUGAUCUUCAGCACGGAGAGACUCAACAACAUCUACUCUAAACUCCUGAGAGAGAAGGAGACCAAGCUUGACAAGGUGGACAAGGCCCACAUGAGAUCAAUGCGGAAGCUGGAGGCCAAGAGGAGGAACACGGAGGAGGUCAUCAAGGAGCUUGGCUCUUGUAAAGACUACAACGUGUACACCUCCUUGACCAGCGCAUCGCGAGCCUGCGGGGACAGCGUCAAGAAAAGCCUCAAUUAUGACUUCACGCCGCUGGAGACUUACGAUGGUCUGUUAAAUCAAGUCCACAGACCCCGUAACCUGCCCAUCAAGCAGCAAAAACCCGACGCUAAAACCAAAGCCAAGGUUGUAAUCAAGCCUCCCGAGAGCAGAAGAAGCGCCCUGUUGCAUAAGUACAAGGACCUGAAGGAUGAGCUGGCUAAAUUCCUGGUCAAGAAGGAGAAACCCGCCCCUCGUCCCGUCACUCCCACUGUGGAGGAGCCCCCAGAGGGCGAGGAGGAGAAGGAGCUGGCGGUCAUCCAUCUGCAGAAACUACUGAGAGGACGAAGCAUCCAAAUGGAGAUAUUUAACAGCAAAGAGAACCAGCUGGAUCUCAUCAAGGAGCUGCGGACCGCCCACGCCCUGAGGGCAAAGGAGCAGGCGCUGCAGAAGGCCGACAAGGAACACGUCAUGGCCAUCAAAUCGGAGAGGGACACACUGCAGCUGGAGAGGUCGCGUGAGGAAGCCAUUCACGCGGCGGCCGUGGGCGCCGAGCUGGAGUACGUGUUCGACACCUUGUCCAAGGAGCUGAUCCGUCUCCAGGAGGAGCGCCGCAUCCACGCCUUCACCCUGCUGGCCGAGAGGGAGCGCCUGCGCAGGGAGGCGGAGGAGAGCGGGAAGAGGCAGGUGGAGGAGCGCCAACGCAGGGAGGACGAUGAGAUCUUCAAGCAGGUGGUGAAAGUCCACCAGGAGACGGUGGACUUGUACUUUGAGGACAUCAUCUUGGAAACCAUGGAGAUAACAGCAGACGAUCAGGCCAGGGAGGAGAUCCGCAGGGUGGCCAAGGAGGUCAACGAUAUCGCCUACGCCAUUGAGGAGAGCCGCAACAACCUUCAGUCGGAGGAGAUCGUGUCGGAAUUGGUGUACAACUUCCUGAUCCCUGAGGUGGAGAAGAUCAAUGUCAGGCAGAGAGUGCACGAGAGGCAGCGGCGACACCUGCUGGCGGUCCGCAGCAUCGUGGAGGGGGUGCCGGAGCCGCAGAUCCAGUCCAGCACUAUGGGCACACCGCAGGUGACCCGCCCCUCUGAUGUGGCAGCCCUGAAAGCCCUGGACCAGAUUCUCAACCCGGAUGACAGCGAUGAUGCGGCCAAAUAGCGUACACCCCUCCCCUCCCGAAUCCCUCUCCAUGGCGGGGGGGCUGUUGGUCGUCCCUCGCUGAGAUUGGACUGAUACGCAGUCCUGAUCUCCAUUUUAAGACCAGUUGUGAAAUUACAAGAAUGUUCAUUUGGCAGCGCCAUUGUUAAGGAAGGAAGGAAGGAAGGAAGGAAGGAAGGAAGCCUUCAAGUCGUUGACUAUGACUUCCGCUUCCGGAGAUACGUCACUUUUUCCACAAAUUCCGCCCACUUCUGAAAGUGGCAGGAAGUCAGGGGUUACGUAUAACAGCAUACAAUAUAUUCACUAUUGAUUUAAUCAAUAGUUUUUUUAUGUUUUUUUCGGAAAAUCGGAUUAAACCAUUUUUUUUUUACAAAAUUUCUACAAAUACCAGCUAAUUAAAUGAAUUAAUUUCAUGUUCAGAUAUUUAAGGAAUACUCAUUUGUUAUUAAAAAAAAGACAGAAGCAACAAAGUUGAUCAUUUCCAGGCUAUCCUACUCUUUAUUUAAUGCAAAUUACAGUACCAGGGAACUAUUCCUCAGAGCACGCAGAGGGAAUAUUUACAGAGGCGCACAUUUAGCAUACCUUCACAGAACAAAAGAAAAAAACAAACAAAAUAAAAAUUUCAGUCACAAACAGAGUCAUUCAAGUAGUAGUACUGUUAUACGGGAUGUUUGUUUUUUUUUACCAAGAUUUUUCUUUAACCCCGGUUAGCACAUUGUGCUAUGCUAACAUAAAACACUAGCAUCUCCACUUGCUUGUCGUCUUUUUUUUCUUUUUUUGGCAACCUUUUUGGUGUUUUUAUUGAAGUGGGGGUGGUAGGUAAGGUAAGGUAAUAAGGUAAGGUAGUAAGGUAAUAAGGUAAGGUGGGUUGCAACAUGUUCAUGGAUGCAAAAUUACAGCAAGCAGGAGAGAGGUGACAUGACUGUACCCCUUUAGGUGCUACUGAAUCCUUAACAAAAACACCCCCCCAUCAAGUAAAACAUAGUGUAUCCACGGAUGGCAGAAUACAUCAUUACCUUAAAGAACCAACACUUACUCUACCAAGGAGUAUUAGGGACACUAUAUAGCAUUACCAGGAAAAAAAACAA